AAGAGUUGAGACCGGAAGAAGCAGAGUUGAGCUGGCUGAUAGCUGAGGGUGUUAUAAUAAUGACGCUCCUCCUCAGUAAAACUUCAUGUGUUUAUUCUCAUCUAUGUAACAUUACAUGUAAACAACGGAACAUGACGGCUUUGAUGAGGGCUACCAAUGUCUCUAAACAGCUCCGCGGAAUGUGUAUUUUUACCCGUCCUGUUACCAAACACAUGCAGCCCACCGCCGUCAGAAAUGCUUCAAACAAGUGCUCUGAUUGUAGCGAUGACCCUCAAAGGUGGAGGAGGAACAUCCAUGUGACAGCUCAGAGACUAGAACAUCAUUUACACACGAGUGAGCUGUCAGAGGCAACCUAUGAGAAGCUGGCAGAUGAGACACUGGAUUCCCUGGCUGAUUACUUUGAAGAUUUAAUGGAUGAACCUUUCACUGGAGCAGAGUUUGAUGUGGUGUUCUCUAGUGGUGUGCUGACAGUCAGUGUGGGUGCUGACCAUGGGACCUACGUCAUCAACAAGCAAACACCAAACAAACAGAUUUGGCUCUCAUCUCCAACCAGUGGUCCCAAGCGCUACGAUUGGACAGGUGAUGCUUGGGUCUACAGCCAUGACGGCAUCAGCCUGCACCAGCUGCUGUCUGAAGAGUUUUCUGCCAUCUUCAAGGUGAACAUGGAUCUCUCUGGCGUGCGUGUGCCUGAUCCCUCGGGGUGAAUGGUGCCCUGCGUGUCCUGAGGAUGCCAAAGAAGAUUAUUCAUCUGUUUAUUUAUCAACCAUGGCAAAUAUUUACACUCAACAGUAUUUGGCAAUGUGUGCUUUUCUCCGCGUUCUGUCUAAUAUGAUUUGAAGUAUAUUUCAUUGUUUAUGGUCCUGUGUCACCUUGGUUUUCGUCAGUCGUCUAUUCAAAAGGUCCAACAAAAACCGAAUCGUACAAAAUUUUUUCCACAGGAAACAAUGCAAAUCCAAUUACUGUUCCAGACACCCAAAAAUAUUAACAAAUACAUUGUAUAGAGAAUAAUUACAGUUUUAUAUGCAGAAAACAAUGCAAAAGAAUUGUAAAUGAUGAAUGAAAUGCAUAUAAAAAUGAAAAAAUUUUACCUUUAUUGAAGACUUGUUGUCGAAGACUGGGGGGAAGGGAGAGGGUACCUUCGUACUGUGCUAUGAGCUCUUUCUUGAAUUCAAUAGUUUCUCACCUUUUCACAACUUUCUUUUGCACUGUGUUAGGUUGUUUAGCAGUCAUACUUAAUUAAAAAAAAAAAGCACAAAGAUUCAGAGGGUCACCAACUCAUGGGAUGCUUUAUUUGGGCAUUUGUCAGACUAGUUUGUCACGCGCAGCGUUUGGCCGUACAGUCAUGGAGACUGUACACAAAAACUUUAGAAACAAUCAUAGGAAGACAAAAAUCGAGGUACCGCACUUGAUCCAAAUACUGGGAACAUUACGACAUGAGUGUGUGUGAAUGGGUGUUUGUCUAUGUGUGCACUGAAGUCAGCUAGGAUAGGCUCCAGCUCACCUGCACCUGUGGUGGUGCAAGGCAAGGCUGUCCAACUUGAGAACAUAACAUUCUCUUCUUUCUUCCUUCUAAAUAACACAUGAAGGCUGCCUUAUUUCAAUUAGAUUAGCCAUCACAAUCCAACACAAUUUCUUUAUAAACAGUAGUUUGAUGGUAUUGCUUGGAAUACUGUUGUUUUGAAACUCUAUUUCUUCAGUACGGUAAUCCCUCACCAUGUCGUGCUUCAAGUUUUGCGGCCUCACUCUAUCAUGUGUUUUCAAAAAUAUAUUCACUAAUAAAUCAUGCUGUCUUGUGGUUGGAUUACGGCCUAUUAUUAGUCCAAAAAUAUGCAUAUGCAGCACAUUACAUAUAUUCUUUUGCCUAAAUGAAGUAAAAUCCAAAUAUAAGGCAUACAGAAGACGCAUUCAAAGAUGUUGUGAUGAUAUGUAGUAUUCUACAUUGGUCACUUGGUGUCAGUAAUGUUACUGUAAUGUUACGCGAGACACACAAGCACCAGAGAUGAUCACCGGACCUGUUGUAGCUGUAAUCUAGCAAAAACUCAACUCAACCGAACCCCAGACAUCAAUUCCUGUCUGACCCCCACUCAGCUCCCCCAGCACCAUAAACCGUUAACAGCACAAGUCUUAUUUAUGUCUUAUGUUGUCUUAUUAUGUCAACUUUAUUGGGUAAUGGGAGUGUAAAGGUGACUAUAGGGCUUUAAUUAAUAAGAUUAAAAUGUAUUUAGAAGGUCGUAAACAUGUUUUCUGUGCUCCAGCUACAAAAAUAUUCUAGCUAAAGAAAUCGUACUUUGCGGACAUCCACUUAUUAGGGCCAGGUCUGGAACCAAUUGACCGCGAUGAAAGUGGAAUUACUGUAGUUGUUUGUAACUGGAAAGUCACUGUUAAAUGUAGUCCGCAAUGAACAACAAAUAACUAACAAUAAAUAAUACACACAUUUUUUUGCAGGUGGGAUUGGAAAUUGCGUCACCAUGUGUAGCUCGCUCUGUCUAUCUCUUUGCCAAGAGUCGAUUGAUGCUAUUUUUCCUUUAGAUGACUGUUUCAGUGUGCAUGUCUGUCAUGUCAUUGUAAACGUAACACUGAAAUAACAAAAUGCUGCCACACACACACACACACACACACACACACACACACACACACACACACACAGGGAGCAGCCUGUGAUAUGAGACCAAAAGGUCAACAUGAUGUAAUGAAGAUGGAUGUGUUGGGGUGUACGGUUGUACAUUGCAUUGUUUAUAUUGCUGCCAGGCUUGAUUUGAUUGAGGGUUGUAAUAAAUGAAUGGAAUAUUUA